AUGAUAAGGAAGAAAGAUGAAUUUUCUAUAGAUUAUCAUCAACAUACACCUUCAUCCAAGAAAAAAGGCAUCAUUAGAAGUUGUCGAAAAUGUGGCAAUGGAGAUGAACAUGGAAAUAUAUGCGGCAGUAUAGAUAGAAUUAACAAUGAAAGCACAUUUAAAAGGGGGUCAUGGACUGCUGAGGAGGAUGCUUUAUUAAUCGACUACGUCAAAAAACAUGGAGAAAGACAUUGGAAUUGUGUGCAAAAUACAGGAUUAAUAAGAUGUGGAAAAAGUUGUCGACUUAGAUGGACAAAUCAUUUACGUCCAGAUCUAAAAAAGGGUGCAUUCUCCCCUGAGGAAGAAAGAAUUGUUCUCGAACUACAUGCUAAGCUUGGUAAUAAAUGGUCAAAAAUUGCAGCUGAGCUACCGGGAAUAACAGACAACGAGGUGAAGAAUUUUUGGAACACAAAAAUCAAAAGGAGGAUCAAAGCUGAAGCAUCAAUAUUAAAUUCAGAAGUAAACAACCUCAAACAAAUUGGAAAUUUUGGUAAUCAUUUUCAACAUCGAAAGAAUCCACAAAAUCAUAUUUAUCAAGAAUUGUCAAUUUCAAUACCUAGUACUUCAUUUUCUUCACAUUCUUCUACUUCUCCUUUCUCAACCCCAACAUCAUAUCCAGUGUCAGAUAUUUUAUCUAAUUCGGGUUACAAUAUCAUAAACUCUAUUGGAAUUAAUGAUCCAAUUUCGACUUUUCUCACUAAUCCAGCUUAUAAAUCCGAACUUAUGCUUGAAAAUGAAGCAACACAAUAUGAUGCUAGCAAUUUUGAUACAACUUUACCCGUUAUUCCUAAAUUUUCAUUAACACCUAAUUCCAACAUUACAUCUAUCACCAACCGCGGUCACAGAAAUAAUUAUUUUGAUGCGUCAAAUAGUAUGUUCACUGAAAACUUUGUUGACGAUGGUAUGUUAAGAAGCAAUAGAACAUCACUUCCUUUACAUCAAAUGAUUCAGAAGGAAAACUUACUUGCAACAUUUCCUUCAAGUGUUGUUGGUUCUUAUACAAAUAAUAGAUUCAAUAACUUGCACACCUCAUGGUCAAUUGGGAUCAACUCAACAGAACAAAAUUCAUCAAUUAUCAAUGAAGAGAAAUUAAAUAUAUACAAUGAUCCAAAUGGAAAUGAUAGAGUAAUGACCAUGAUUUCGCUGGAUAACAAUGUGGAUGAUUCGAGGAUAUUGGAUGAACACAAUUCUAAUUUAUUCUCAAUUGGGAUGAAGGACUCUAAUAAGGAGCAACAUGAGGAAAUGAUAUCCAUGGAUGAUGAUCUUUCAAGCUUGCUAUAUGAUUUUUCAGUUACUAAUUCACCUCUCCUUUGA